AUGAAUUAUCCAAUACUUCCAAUGGUUUCAACAUCAGAAAAUAGUAAACAACCAUCAAAUUUACAAGAUCCAUUAUUUACAGAUGAAGCAAUCUUUCAAAGAGAAUUAGAAGAAAAAGCUCAUGAAGAAGCACAAUCUUCAAAAACUGAACCACCAGAUAAUUCAAAACACCAUGAAAGAUCUCAAUUUGAAGGUUAUACAAACAAGGAAAAACAAGAAAAUGAAAUGAAUAGACCAAGAUCAGAACCUUUGAAACAUGAAUUAGAAAAUGCAACUAGUAAAAUUAAAGGUUCGUUACGUAGUUUCCAUAUGUUUGAAGGAUUUAAUCAAAAACAACAACAACAACGAGAUGAUGAAAUGGAAGAUUAUGUAAAUUUGUUAGGGUAA